AUAAUUUUAUCCGGCACUUCGACACAAGCUUGAGCUCAUUGACGAAGAGAAAACAAACUGAUAAAAAAAAAUGCAGCUCGUUUUCGCUAGCGUAUUCCUCGUUUCCUUCAUUAUUUAUGCAUCGGCUCAAUACCAGCUAGAUCCUAGCGAAUACUACGUUGACACUCAUUUCAGGAGCGGAAGCCCAUCUUCAUCUUUCGAUGUCGCAGAGGCCGACGAACGUUUUAUCAAGACGAUAUCAUUGACUCUAUCGACGACUACCAUCACCACAACAACGACUUCGAUGGCAACUUGUACCACAUCCACUGGUGGCCUUUCCGUUUGCACAGCCUCCGGACGACGCCGUCGUGGUCUCCAUCUCAGCCGAAACAAGGAAGGCCGUGGACUGUUCUACGCUGAGAAUGAAGGCGAAAGCGAAGAUGGAACCAUCUUCUUGCCGUCGCCUAUCAAGGAAGAGGUAAAGCAAAUUCAACCGGAGAUCGUCCCAACUCCUGAAGAAAACAAAGCGGCCAAGGCGAUUCCGUUCGUCGUCGAGCCUGGAUUCAGUGCUCCUUCUAGACAAAGUCGUGUUUUGGUGUAUUUUGGCACGUCAACUACCACGACAACCACUACAACCACCAGCACAUCGACGUUGACGGCCGUCUGCCGCAGCACCACCGGAUAUCCAGUGUGUGGAUCCACCGGCAAAUAGCUUGUUCGUUUGAAACGAUAUGCCUUUUCUUCGC